GGAGGAUGCGUGGAAAAUGAGUGUCGGUAUCUGAAGAACAAGUCCUGAACAAACUGGCGAAGAUGUUAGACAAUUCAAGCUGCGGGUGGAGGCAGCUGGCCAAAGCCGUGUCCGAGCAACCGAGAUUAAGCUGCAGUGAGAAUGAGCUGACCGCCUGCUCACUCCAGGUGCUGAGCGCCACAGGUAGCCCAGGACGCACCCUCUUGGCUCGGCUAGCUGAUCGUUCCUGCUCUCUGGAGUUCCUGCUUCACUGCCUGCGGAAGAUGGACCACCAUGACGCUGUGCAAUGCCUCACCACCACAGUGGCAGAGCUGAUUCAGAUCACAGUGCAGCCACAGUCCCAGGAGGCCAAAAUGGGGAGCAAGGUGGUAUUGACCUGCAGAGCCACGGGUCCCCCUGGACUGAGCUACCAGUGGUUCAGAGGCAGCGAGGAGGUUUCGACUGAGACUGGGUCUACACCAGAGCUGGUUCUGUGUCCGUUAGCCCCAGUCCACCAAGGUCACUAUAUCUGCAGGGUCAACCAUGGAGAUAACUGCAUCUUCACCCAGUGGGUUGAAGUACGGUCUGUCUACUCUGCAGGCUGCAGCAGCACUCUGUUUCCAGGCUCAGUGAGCGGGCUGCGAUUCACCCUUCAGCCUCAAUCCCAAGCAGCGUCUGAGGGUGACACUUUGUUCCUGGAGUGUGACGCAGAGGCCAACCCUCCUGCACAGUAUGAGUGGUAUCACAACAUGCUGCCCAUGAAAGAGCAAAAGACACGUUCACUCAAGAUCCCAUGUGUGACCACAGCAGACAGAGGACAGUACAAAUGCAAGGUGUUCAAUUUGUACCACGAGGCAUGGACUGACACGGCCACAGUGACCAUCGGACCUAGUUCCAUCACUGACGCCUCCUGGGUAGAAGUUGACCGUGGUCUAGACUCAAAGGAAGUCCACAGGCUAACCAACAGACCAGGAAUACAUCCACUACAACAGAUGGCCAAUCCGCCCCCACCAGUCAAGAACUUCCAUGCAACAGACAAAGUUGCUCUUCUGAUUGGCAACAUGAACUACCUCUAUCACACUCAGCUGUGUGCUCCCAUGGCCGACGUCCACGAGCUGACCAACUUUCUCAGACAAAUGGACUUCAAGGUGGUUUCCCUGCUGGACCUCAACUGGCAAGAGAUGCACAGCGCUGUUACAGAGUUCCUCUUGCUGCUUGACAAAGGAGUCUACGGCUUGCUGUACUUUGCAGGUCAUGGCUACGAGAAUUACGGCAACAGUUUCAUGGUUCCCAUCGAUGCGCCAGCUUCCUACACAUCAGAGCACUGCUUGUGUGUACAGCAAAUACUGACCAGGAUGCAGGAGAAAGAGACUGGACUUAACGUGUUCCUACUGGACAUGUGUCGCAAAAGAAAUCCAAAUGAUGUUAUCAUUGUACAACCAGAACUGAUCAAGGUGACAGCAAAUAUAGUGUUUGGAUAUGCCACAUGCGUGGACGCAGAGGCAUAUGAAGUGAAGAAGAAGGAUGUGUCAAAUGGCAUCUUCAUCAGCUUCCUCAAACGGCGAGUUUGUGAAGAUGAGAAGGUCACAGUCAUGCUAGACAGAGUGGCUGAAGACAUGGGUCGCUGUGAGAUCACACGAGGAAGGCAGGCUCUGGAGCUACGAAGUAAUCUGUCUGAACGACGUUCCCUCACUGAUAAGAUACAGCCCUCUGAGUGUUCUACGUCCCAUUCAGCCCGAAACCUGCAGUGGGCUGUUGCUCACGUUCUACCGCAGACCCUUUACCUGCAGUUUGACUGUGGAGUGAAGGUUCAGCUUGGGUUUGCUGCAGAGUUCUCUAACAUCAUGGUCAUCUAUACUCGGAUAUUAGAGAAGCCCAAAGAAAUUGUUUCCUGCUGUGCUCAACUGACUGACUUCCCUGAGGAUGUGGACAUUGACUUGAAGAAGAGUAACCAGGAGACGCUGGUUGAAGCCGGCAGUUUGUUAUUGAUCAAGGAAAAUCUUCCUUCACCAGAGGUCCCUAGUCUCUACACACGCAUCCGGGGCCUGCAGAGACUCAGGACGGAGCUCACUUUCACCACCUGCCUUCAUUACACCUAUUCCAACAUGGAUGAAGAAGUACAGGAAAGGAAACCAGUAACCGUUGGCAAACCACUGGUCUCAAAACUCAACCUGCAUGAACCACGACCUCUUCGCACCUGCUCUGCCUCCUCAUCCUUCAGCCUCGACUCCUUCAAUGUUCCUGAGUGCUCUUCCUUAACCGAGGCCUUUGCCUCCGUUGAUUCGGUUUCAAAUACAUGGCCAUAUUGUGUACAAACUGGCAGGGAGUCUUCCACCACUGACCCUCCAGCAUCAUCUAGAAGUGCCAAUAUACCAGAGGAGACUGACUGUCCUGAAUUAUGUGAUGCACCGCAACCUCUUGUUGCCAGCAAAAGCUUGUCCCUCAGCCAAGUAAAUGACACAAACUACAAAUUUAGUGACAUGUACAAUUUUCAUAGUCACUAAGAAUGAUUUAACCGUUACGCGCUGUUAAAAAAAAUGAAGAGAAUAUGAAGCCUCUGAAUUUACCGUUUUAACAAAGCUAACCAAGGAGGAUUUAUUUUUGUACCAACUAUGCAUUAAGUUUUUACAAUGUUUUGCAGUUUUAUAUGAAAUCGAGAAGUCACAAUGAUCAUGUUCAACAUGUGUUCUGUUUGUAAGAAGAAAGAAAUAAAAACAACAACUCUGCAGUGGCAAAA